AUGGGCACCGACGAUGUAGUGCUCAUGCUGGUGGGUGCGACCCUCGUCUGCCUGAUGUUGCUGCGGCUCAUCGUUCUGGUCUUCUUCCACGCUCCGGCCAUUUGUCGAACAUUGAGGCGCUGGCUGACACAGCUGCUGCUGCCUCUGAACCCACGGAAGAAAAGUGCAGAGGAGCUCCGUUUGGCGGACGAGAUUCAGAGAGUACGCCUCGCCCUCUCACACCGUGCGCUGGCUCUGUAUGCUACUCUUUCUUGGGUCAUCAUGGCUGCAGCCGUGGUCAACAUCUUCCUGGAGAGCCCGCGAUACCUCAACAUGGAGGCGACCUGGCUAUUCCUGGCACUGAUGGCAACUCUGACGGUCUAUGCCUUCCUGCCUUGGACGCUCUGCCGCCACACGCUGGACUUUUGGUAUGCAUUGUUCACACUGGUCACCCUCCUCUAUGCAUCGCCGUGGUGCACACCUGUUGCGCGGAGCUUCGACGCGCUUCUGCUGUGCAUUUUUGUGCGUCUCCCUUCGUCAAUUAUGGCCACCAGAACCCUCUGGGUCGUUGUGGGCAACUCGCUCGUUUCCCUGCUGAUCAUCUUGAGGAACAGCAUCGACCCUGGUGGAGAGUCCGAACUCGAGGGGAACAGCUUCGCGAUCUCCUUGGUCAUCGGGAUUGAAUUCUCGAGCUUCUUCCUGGCUGUGGUCUUUGCUGCAGCCUUGACUGGUUGGAUGUGGCAACGCGCGGAGUUGGGGCGUGAGAACAGCAAAAUCUCCUCAGACUUGUCCGCGGUCUCCAUGCUGCUCAGGCUCAUGAGCGAUGCUGUGGUCGAGCUGGACCAGGACCUCCGGCUCCAGCGGCACUCGCCGGAACUGAGCGCGAUGCUCCUGCGCGACCGUCCCGGGUCCUCCCUGGAAGGGGUCCGCUUCACGGAGUUCGUCUAUGGCUCAGAGGCUGCAAGGGCCGCCGAGCUCUUGCAGAACCCGGCCUGUGUGCUGUCGACUGGCCAGGGUACGUCGGCGCAUGCCUUCCACACCCGCCUGGUCGACACCUUCACCAACAAAGUUUGCAUUGAAGUGUUCCACGUCCAGGUUCUAAGCUCCGAUGGAGAAGUGCGCCAUCUGCUUGGCCUGAGGGACUUCACAGACUCGGCUUCUUUGUCGGGAGAGCGUGCUACGGAUGCCAUGGAUCAGUCAUUGCCCAGCCCGAUGAGUCCUGCGAGCUUGGAUCAGAGUCCUGUUGCCUCCCACUUGCUUCCUGAAGUCAUGGAAGGCUGGCCAAGCCAGACGAGCAGCAGCUGGAGGCCCCAGGAGGAGCCCCCCAGGGGCCGGCAAGCAUUCCUGGAGGUGGAUAUGGAAGUCAAGGUGGUCCACAGCGCUUCUGCCUCAGUCGCCUUCUUGGCGGGAUCGGCGUUGACAGACUUCUUCACAGCACCCCACACCGUGCAGCUGCUACAGCGGAUCUGCGACGAAGCGCAGCGGGGGCUGGACCAGGAGGGCACCCUGCCGCAGAAGGUCUUCAACUACCAGGAUUUGCCGGUGCGCUGGAGCGCAGGCCAUUAUGGCACCAUCCAUGGGACCUUCCAGGUGGUCCAGAGCAGAUUCGGACGAAUCGGGGUCGUCAUCAGCUUCAGCGAGCCGAACCUGCUCUCACCCAUGGGCCGACGUACUUCCAAGUCGUCGGGCCGCUCUUCUGCGACGUCGAAGAAACAGCGCAGCUUUGGCACGAGUUCACAGCCAGCUCGCAGCCUGCGGCCAACCCACGCGCGGCUGUGA